ACUGUAUUCACACUGACUCCUCUCAAAAUGCCAUUCUCUUCGAGUGUCGACCCAAAGGAUCCCAUCGACCAGCAGCCCACCAUAGGAAUUAUUGGUAUGGGACUCAUGGGCUCAAUGUAUGCCAACAGGUUGUCGGCAGCCGGCUGGAAAAAAAUACAUGUAUGUGAUCAACGAAAGAACUACGAAUCUCUACAAGAAAGGUAUCGCGACAUUCCUGGUGUAACGGUUUAUCGAGACGGGCAUGGCGUCUCACGUUCAUCCGACUUUAUUAUGUACUCUGUCGAGGCCGAGUUUGUUGACCGUGUCGUCGCGGAAUAUGGACCUUCAACGAAACUAAAUGCUAUCGUCGCUGGACAAACCUCGGUAAAAGCCCCGGAAAAGGCAGCGUUUGAAAAAUACCUACCCGCCGACACGUCAAUUGUGUCGUGUCAUUCCCUACACGGCCCAACAGUAAAUCCUGUCGGACAACCCUUGGUUCUUAUCAAGCACCGAGCACCCGAAUCUGAUCUUUUGCUCGUCGAGAAUAUCCUUCGAUGUUUUGGAUCGCGUUAUGUAUAUCUAUCUUAUGAUGAACACGAUAUCGUCACUGCGAAUACGCAAGCGGUCACUCAUAUGGCCUUUUUGAGUAUGGGAACUGCCUGGGCUUGCAGUGCUGCUUAUCCUUGGGAACAAGGACUUUAUGUUGGCGGAAUAGAGACCGUAAAGGUCAACCUCGCUCUCCGAAUUUUCAGCAACGCCUGGCAUGUCUAUGCGGGGCUAGCCAUCAUGAAUCCACAAGCUAGAGAACAGAUAAACCAGUACGCCCAAAGUGCUACCGAGCUAUUCAAGAUGAUGGUGGUGGCUGGUACCACGGGCACGGAUGGGGGAGAAUCGGCUGCAGAACGAGAAAGAAAGCUCAGAGACAGAGUGGAGUGGGGCCGUAGAAUCGUCUUUGGCGAUGUAGGAAAUGGCGAGGGUACACAGAAGAAAAGACGACGGCCGAUUCUCCUCUCCGAAGCCUUGCUGGACCGCUUUAGCCUUGGCCGGAUACCUACGAGCGAAGAGAACGGAUCAGGAUCUAAAACUGGGUACCGACCUAACUCCCACCUUUCUCUGCUUGCUAUGGUUGAUUGCUGGGCUCAUUUGAAUAUCAAACCUUUUCUCCAUCUAUCGCUCGCGGCAACACCUCUAUUUAGGCUGUUUUUAGGUGUUGCGGAGCAUUUAUUCCUUUCUUCCUCCUUACUGGAGGCGUCCAUUCAUUCAGCUAUCUAUGACACAUGGCACCGUUCCGACGACCUUGAAUUCGUAGUCGCCGCGCGGGGGUGGAGUCAGUGUGUCCGGUUUGGUAGUUUUGAGGUUUACAGGCAGCGGUUCGAUGAGACGAGGCAAUUUUUCGAAGGGAGAUUUGCAGAAGCCGGUGUGUUGGGAAGUGAAAUGAUUAAAACGGUCAUGGAGAGCAAGGUCGAAGAGGACGAGGGCCUUAGCAUGUCUUCCACGUGAUACAGA